AUGGCUCAUAAUACAAAAGAAACAAGUGGCCAUGCGACACUACCCACGAGAGAAACUAUUGAGGGGCAACAUGAAAAUACUGUCAGAGAACCUCACUGCUCACCAACUGACAACAGCAAUGCUCAACACCAAUCUUUAACUCAGAGCUCAACACAAACAGAUUAUUCAUCUCACCACAACAAUUCUUUAGAAGAGAAGAAACGCAAUCUAGGUGAUGAUUUCGAGGCAGGGGUUAACAAAUCUCAACACCCGGUCUCAAUUCUUGACUUUCCCAGAGAAGGAGACCAACUUUCAAGAAUAGAACUUGAUGCUCAGUUAUCGCGCGAGCUUUCAAGAAGAAUCACCAACACGGGAUCCUUUUUAUUACAGGAUUACAACAAUGUCGAGCUUUCAAUGGGAGAGAAUAUACCUUUUCCGCCAAUGUUACCCGAUAGGAAUCCAUACUGUGUUGCUUUCAAUGGUUUGGACGAUCCAUAUCAUCCUCAUAACCUUCCAUUGUAUAAAAAGAUGUUUUAUAGUGCUUCAGUGGCCAUGGCAGCUUUAUCAUUUUCAAUGGGGUCUGCUAUGUUUUCGCAAGGAAGUAAAGAAGUGAUGGAAAUUUUUCAUAUCGGAGAAUCGGUCGUCGCAUUGGGCACUUCAUUGUUUGUGUUUGGUUUCGCUGCUGGACCAGUGAUACAUGGUCCCAUGUCUGAAUUGUUUGGACGAAAACCAAUAAUGGUGAUUUCGUGUCUUGGAUACGUUAGUUUCCUGUUUGGUGCAGCCACUGCCAAAGAUUUACAAACAAUUUUCCUAUGUCGCUUCUUUGCUGGAUUUACUGGCAGUGCACCAUUUGUCGUGGCGCCAGCUGUCAUGGUUGACAUGUUCAAGGCGAGAGUUAGAGGGAUGGCGAUGUCGGUGUUUGCUUCAGUCUUGUUUGGUGGUCCUAUGAUUGCUCCUAUAUUGGGUGGGUUUAUUGUCAAGAACCAUAGUUUAGGCUGGAGAUGGGCUUCUUACAUGUCGGCAAUUAUAGGUUGUGUUGCUUUGACUAUGAAUACCUUCAUAUUGCAAGAGACACAUCACCCGGUUUUACUAGUGAGAAAAGCAGAGUUGUUGAGAAGAAAGACGGGUAAUUGGGGGAUCUUUGCCCCACACGAGGAAGUAUCCUUGAGUUUGAAUGAGAUUUUCAGGAACAAUAUCAUGAGACCUUUGAGGUUGUUAUUUACCGAGCCUAUUGUCUUUCUUGUCAGUAUUUAUAAUGCAUUUGUCUACGGUAUGCUUUAUGCUUUCUUGACAGUAAUUCCUUUGGUAUUUACUGGUCGUUAUCACUGGUCACAGGGUGUUGGUGAGUUGCCAUAUUUGUCCAUGUUACUAGGAGUAUUCUCAGGAGGGGCAGUAAUUGUGUUUUUUGAGCACAGGUUGAACAAAAAGAUGGAUACAGCAGGAUUGAGGUUGACUCCAGAAGAAAGGCUACCCCCCGUUAUGAUUGGAGGAUUUACCUUUGUCAUUGGAAUCUUUUGGUUGGGAUGGACUGGUGAUUAUGCCGAACAUGUACACUGGAUCGUCCCAGUUAUUGGCGCAUUCUUUGUGGGCAAUGGCUUAAUGUUAAUCUUUUUGCCUACUAUGAACUACAUUAUCGAGUGUUAUUUAUACAUUGCUGCAUCAGCAUUGGCGGGUAACACCUUCCUUAGAUCAGGAUUUGGUGCCGCGUUCCCACUCUUCACAACGCAAAUGUUUAAUAAUUUAACGAUAAAAUGGGCAGCCACAUUAUUGGGAUGUUUAGGAAUAUUGAUGAUUCCUAUGCCAUUCAUCUUUUACAAAUACGGUGCUGCAGUUAGACAUAGAUCAAAGUAUGCCAUGAAAUAG